AUGCCCGCAAACCCAGCGCCCCAAGAAGACCUAAACAACAAAGUCUCCCCGGGCGGAAACUUCGACCUCUCGAUGUUCAAACUGCAGCUCCCGACCGCCGACUCCGACGGCAAAGUCGACAUGAUCACCUCCGGCCUGACCGGCGCCUCUGGCUUCAAAAACGAAUACUUCCUGACUGGCCCCGACGGCUCGCUCGUCAUGAAAGUGCCCUCCAAAGACGACGGCUGCGCCACGACCCCCAACAGCGACCACUGCCGCACCGAGCUGCGCGAAGACGACCCCAAAAGCUGGGACCCGAAGGCGCCGACCAACCGCCUCGCCGUCACGCUCACCGUCGUCCAGCCCGACGACUCCCCCCGCGGCACCGUGAUCGGGCAGGUCAAGGUCGACGACGACAUCUCGAAGAAACCCCUCUGCGAGCUGUACUACAACGACAAAGGCGACCUGACCCUCGGCGUCAACCAGACGCCCAACAAGAGCGGCCAGGACUUCAACCCCGUCGGUAACGUCCCUGUCGGCAAGGAGUUUACCUACGAGCUGCGGUACGAGAAGUCGGUGCUCAGCCUCGCGAUCAACGGCGGGGAGUUCAAGACGUUCAGCACUGGCGACAUCAAGACGCCGCUUAGCUACUUCAAGGUUGGGAAUUAUAACCAGGGGGAUACGGCGUCGGAAGUCAAGUUUGCGGCUAUUGGUAUUCAGCAUUAG